AUGAAGGCCACCACCAUCAUCGCCGCCGCCGCGCUGGCUGGCUCCGUCGCCGCCACCCCCGUCGCAUGGACCAAGGUCAGCCCCCGUAGCGAGAUGGCCGCUCGCAUGGCCGAGAACUCGCACCUCGCCUCGCGCGCCAUCACCAACGACGCCGCCAAGUUCGUCUCCAAGCAGUACGACUACGUCGUCGUCGGCGCAGGCACCGCCGGUCUCGCCCUCGCCGCUCGUCUCUCCGAGAACGGCAAGUACAAGGUCGGCGUGCUCGAGGCCGGUGGCAGCGGCUACGGCGUCGGCAUCAUCGACACCCCCGGCCAGUUCGGCGCCGACUUGGGCACCCAGUACGACUGGAACUACACCACCGUCGCCAACCCCGCCAACGGCGUCCCCUCCAGCGGCUGGCCCCGUGGCCGCGUCCUCGGCGGCUCCUCGGCGCUCAACUUCCUCGUCUGGGACCGCUCUUCGCGCUACGAGAUCGACGCCUGGGAGCAGCUCGGCAACCCCGGCUGGAACUGGAACAACCUCUACAAGGCCAUGAAGAAGUCCGAGCGCUUCCACGCCCCUUCGCAAGAGAACGCAGACCUGCUCGGCGUCAAGCCCGUCGCCUCCGACUACGGCUCCUCCGGCCCCAUCCAGGUCGCCUUCCCCAACUACAUCUCCCAGCAGGUCCGUCGCUGGAUCCCCGCGCUCCUCGAGCUCGGCAUCCCCAAGAACGACCAGCCCCUCGCCGGUGAGAACGUCGGCGUCUCCCAGCAGCCCUCGGACAUCAACCCCACCAACUACACCCGCUCCUACUCGGCCCCCGCCUACCUCUUCCCCAACCAGGCGCGCUCCAACCUCGACGUCCUCACCAACGCCCUCGCCUCCAAGGUCAACUUCGACUCCAGCUGCGGCGAGCUCUGGGCCAAGAGCGUCACCUUCACCAACGGCGGCAAGUCGUACACCGUCAACGCCACCAAGGAGGUCAUCAUCUCGGCUGGUACCGUCAACACCCCUCAGCUCCUCGAGCUCUCCGGUAUCGGCUCCAAGGACGUCCUUGGCAAGGCCGGCGUCAAGGUGCUCUACGAGAACGCCAACGUGGGUGAGAACCUCCAGGACCACACCUACUCGGCCACCGUGUACAACCUCAAGUCCGGCUUCAAGACGCUCGACUCGCUCCGCUCCGACUCCACCUUCGCUGCCGAGCAGCUGGCUGCGUACAAGGCCAACCAGACCUCCAUCUUCACCGAGACCGUGCCCUCGAUCUCGUACGUCUCGCUCGCGCGCGUCGUGGGUGCCGACCGUGCCAAGGCGAUGAUCAACGAGGUGACGCAGUACGUGCAGUCGUCGCGCGCCCCUUACAAGGCGACGCUCAACAAGCAGCUCGACUUCCUCAACAACUACCCGGACAAGGUCGGUCAGAUGGAGCUCAUCGGCAUCGACGGCUACUUUGCCGGCACCGGUGCGCCCAAGCCCACCGAGACCUACUUCACCAUCCUCGCGGCCAACCAGCACCUCUUCUCGCGCGGUAACGUGCACAUCCAGUCGUCCGACCCGACCAAGUACCCGCUCAUCGACCCCAAGUACUUCUCGGUGCCCUUCGACACCGAGCUCUCCACCGCCGGUACCGCCUACACGCGCAAGGUGGGUCUGAGCAAGGCCUACAGCGACAUGGUUGUCGGCGAGUACUGGCCCGGCAACGUCGACCUGCAGAACUACACCAAGACCACCUCGGUCACCGAGUACCACCCCAUCGGCACUGCAUCCAUGCUGCCCCGCAACCAGGGCGGUGUGGUUGACCCCAGCCUGCGCGUGUACGGCACCACCAACCUGCGUGUCGUCGAUGCCUCCAUCAUGCCCCUCCACGUCGCCGCGCACAUCCAGGCCACCAUCUACGGUGUCGCCGAGUACGCCGCCUCGAUCAUCAAGAGCCAGGCUUAA